AUGGACUUUGACCCAAAGUGGCCUCGGACCGGAAAAUCCACUUCCCCGCCUAGUAACAUUUACCUGGAGCUCCCUCUCAAGCCCUUCCUCGAGCUCCCUCCCCAUUACAUUCUUUUCAUCUUAUUUGGUACCAUGGCCGAUUACGACCGUCGAAACCAGAGUCGCGGUGACCGUGGUGAUCGCGGUGACCGUGACGAUGAUGAUUUCGAUCGCCGCCCCCAGAGACGCAGAUAUGAGGAACCAUUGUUUGCGGUCGUCCGUCGCCAGCUGUUGACCAUUGCGGAGUCGGCGGCUCGGAGAGUGGAGGAUGAUAUUCAAGGCAUUGCGAAGUCUGUGACCGACAACUACGAUGACGAGGAAAUCCGCCGCGACUUUGUCAACAUCUCCCUUGAUCUGGUUCACGAACAACCCAUGAAAAUCCCCUUCAUCGCCGGUACCGUUCUCGUUGCGCAUAGUCUGAAGCCCGAGCUUGGAUCCGAAAUCAUCACCAAGGCCGCCGGGGCUUUGCAGAAAUACAUUGACACUGGCGCAUGGCGAGAAGUGAAGCUCCUGAUUCGUUUCCUGGGCAUCUUGCAGCCUCUCUUUGAAGGGGAUGGCAUUUUCCCACUCUUGGAGGAGCUCUUUGCCCGUGCGGUGGACCUCCAAACGGCCUCGUCUGAGGAUCUUCUGGGUCUUGAGCUCGUGAAGAUUAUCCAGUUCACCCUUCCAUAUGUGAUGCUGUCUCCUGCCUCUGGGUUCGAAGCGCAGGCCAACGGUCUCCUGGAAAAGACUGACAUCAUUGCGACUACCCCCCACGCCCUGGUUGAUUUGGUCAACACCUUCUGUCCGGAGGAAACACAGUCGGCCGCUGGUCAGAGUGUCAUCAGCUUGAUGCAGAGCCAGCUCCAAAAGGAAGCUAGCAAUGGAUGGGAGCUCAAGUGCCUCCCUCGCCCUUGGAAGGAUCUACGGGACCCCGAGACCGACGAGUUCAAGUCAUUCGAUUCAGUGACCAAGGUGGCUUUCCCUGAGGUCACAGUGCCCAACCCCGUGCCAAACGGUCCUCGUCCCCUCUUCCCUGAGGUUUACCUCUCGGUCUACGCUGACCAGGAAGUCGACACUGUUCCUGCCACCGACGACAUUUCCUCGUCUCUCAUUCGAGACGCAUUGGUCGAUACGAUCAAUCUGCUGGAUUUCAACCGCGUUGCUACAGCCAAGUUCUUGAUUGACAUUGACUGUUAUUUCACCCCCUACACAUUCGUCAAGCGCGCUACACCUUUCGACCGUAUGCGUGAUCUUGUGGGUGAAGUCCAGCCCUGGAAGCCGGAGGAUGUCGCCGUGGACGCCGUAUUCUCGCAGCUCUUCCAGUUGCCCACGGCCGAGCACAAGCUGGUCUAUUACCACUCCGUGCUCACCGAGUGUUGCAAGAUUGCCCCAGCUGCGAUUGCACCCAGUCUUGGUCGUGCGAUCCGCUUUUUGUAUAACAACAUAGACACCAUGGAUUUGGAGCUCAGCCAACGAUUCUUGGAUUGGUUCGCUCAUCAUCUCAGCAAUUUCGGCUUCACUUGGAAAUGGAGCGAGUGGACCGAGGACUUGGAUCUUCCUGCUAUUCAUCCGAAGAUUGCGUUCAUCAACGGAGCUUUGGAUAAAGAGAUUCGGUUGAGUUUUGCACAGCGUAUUAAGGGCACUCUCCCUGAGCCUUACCCCAAGUUGAUCACUUCGGGCAAAGAAAAGGACACCCCCGAGUUCAAAUACGCAUCUGACAUGGCACCAUAUGCUAAAGAAGGACAAGAGCUGAUGCAACUCAUCCGGAAGAAGGCCACCGAUGAAGAAAUCGAGCCAGUGAUCUCUGCCAUUGAGGAACAAGCCAAGAGCCAAGGCGUCGAAGACCCCAAGAUUCCUUCCACAGAUGCAUUUGUCACCUCUAUCUGCUUCGUUGGAUCCAAGUCUCUCUCUCACGUUCUCUCCUGCAUUGACCGCAGCAAGGACCGUCUCCUGGCCAUUGGGGCCGAGUCCAAACAUGCCCGCACCCAGAUCAUUACGUCGGUGAUGGAUUACUGGGUCGACCAGCCUGGCAUCGCCAUUAACAUCAUCGACAAGCUGCUCAACUACACCAUUCUCAGCCCCCUCUCCGUUCUCGAAUGGGCUCUCGUCGAAUCAGUUGCCGCUGGCACUAUCCUCUCCAAGCCUCAUGUCUUCGAGAUGAUCUCCGCCACCGUUGGCAAGGUCACUAACCGCAUGCGCCAGAUCGUCGCGGCCCGCACCCAACCGGGUCUUUACGAGCCCCAGCUGACAGCCAUUGACGAGACUCUGUCCCGCGAGCGCGAGGACAUGCAAACCCUCUUCAAGUACAUUGAGGACUCCAUUGUCUCCAUCGCCGCUGGAAGUAACGACGAACAAAUGGAGCGUGGUGACGGAACAGGCGAUCUGCCCGAAGAUGCCAUCAUUCGCCAAUGGGGCCGUCGCUGGCUCCGCGUCUUCCGCAGAAAGGUUGCCGUCGAGGAGGCCUUCAUCUCCGAUGCAUUGACCAAUGCCACUCCCCUUGGAACAGAGGCCCCUGCUGGAGCUACUGAUGGGGAUCUGGACAUUGCGGAUGCAGAUGCGGACGUGCAAUAA